AUGGACCCUGUGGGGGCAGCAGGUCCCCCAGUGCCGCCGGGCCCUUUGACUCACCUGAGCCUGCCGGGCAGCUUGGAGAUGCGGCAGCAGAACAGAGCCGACGGGCUGAGCCUCCCGGGCACUUGGACCAGGUCAUCACCAGAGCGUGCAACUGUCCUGCGAGACGGCGUGAGACGAUGUCUGCAGCAACAGUGCGAGCAGACGGUGCGGAUUCUACACGCCAAGGUGGCCCAGAAAUCCUACGGAAAUGAGAAGCGGUUCUUCUGCCCUCCGCCCUGUGUCUACCUCGCAGGUCCCGGCUGGCGGGUGAAGCCAGUGCAAGGACAAGCCCAGCAGGCAGGGGAGCCGGGGCCCAUGGUCUGCGGCUACAUGGGGCUGGACGGCGCAUCCGGCAGCGCCGCCGAGACACAGAAGUUGAAUUUCGAGGAGCAGCCGGACUCCAGGGAAUUUGGUUGUGCCAAGACCCUAUUCAUCUCGGACGUGGACAAAAGAAAACACUUCCGGCUGGUGCUGAGGCUGGUGCUCCGCGGGGGCCGGGAGCUGGGCACGUUCCACAGCCGCCUCAUCAAGGUCAUCUCGAAGCCUUCCCAGAAAAAGCAAUCGCUGAAGAACACCGACCUGUGCAUCUCCUCGGGCUCUAAGGUCUCCCUCUUCAACCGCCUGCGCUCCCAGACAGUCUCCACACGCUACCUCUCAGUGGAGGAUGGGGCCUUUGUGGCCAGUGCACGCCAGUGGGCCGCCUUCACGCUACACCUGGCUGAUGAGAGCUGUUCCCAAGGGGACUUCCCGCCUCGAGAGGGCUACGUCCGCUAUGGCUCCCUGGUGCAGCUUGUCUGCACCGUUUCUGGCGUUACACUACCUCCUAUGAUCAUCCGCAAAGUAGCCAAGCAAUGUGCGCUCCUGGAUGUGGAUGAGCCCAUCUCCCAGCUACACAAGUGUGCAUUCCAGUUCCCUGGGGGCCCGCCAGGAGGGGCAAGCACCUACCUGUGCCUUGCCACAGAAAAGGUGGUGCAAUUCCAGGCCUCCGCCUGCCCCAAGGAGGUGAACCGCGAGUUACUCAAUGACAGCUCUUGUUGGACCAUCAUCGGCACGGAGUCGGUGGAAUUCUCCUUCAGCACCAGUCUGGCCUGCACUCGGGAGCCCGUCACCCCCGUGCCCCUCAUCAGCACCCUCGAGCUGAGCGGAGGGGGUGACGUGGCCACGCUGGAGCUGCACGGUGAGAACUUCCACGCGGGACUCAAGGUGUGGUUCGGGGAUGUGGAGGCCGAAACCAUGUACAGGAGCCCGCGGUCCCUGGUGUGCGUGGUACCGGAUGUGGCCGCCUUCGGCAGCGACUGGCGCUGGCUGCGCACGCCCAUCACAGUGCCUGUGAGCCUGGUGCGCGCCGACGGGCUCUUCUACGCCAGCGCCUUCUCCUUCACCUACACCCCGGAAUAUAGCCUACGGCCCCGGCCCCAGGGCGCCCCUGAGCCGGCCACCGACACCGACACCGACGCCGACGCGCUCCUGGAGAGCAUCCACCACGAGUUCACACGCACCAACUUCCACCUUUUCAUCCAGACCUAA